AUGCAGGCACUGCAAGAACGCCUCGAAAAACUUGAAAAUGCGACCGGCAGUGAAGUUUGGGAGGUCUUGAAAGCGUCAGAACCCGAACUUCGUCAAGAUCUAAGCUCUCUUCAAAAGCUGAAAGCUGACAAAGAAUCCGCGGCUCGCGAAGCUCUGACAGCACUGAAAACAAAGAAAAAUGAGCUGAAAAAUCUGAAAAAUGACGUGGAAUCCUUGAAAAAUGAAUAUAAAACAUAUAUUGAAAUGGUGGAAAAUGGCUUAAAACAAAGUGGAUUAGAUAUAAAACAAGUUGUGCAAGUUUUCGAAAGAGUUUUGGAAGAAUCUUUAUCGGAAAAACGCUUGGCAAUAUUAUCAACAAUCGAUUCAGCGCAUAUUUCUGACAUAAAAUCAAUAAAAACCCCUGUUAAAUCAAUAUUGAAGCUACUGGAGGACCCGAAUAAGCUACAACUCAGAAUUUUAGUGCAAAGCGAGCUCCGGGAGUUUUCAAAUUCUGCAAUCGAGAUUUUCCGUCGAAGUCUAUGGGAUUUGUUUCAAAAUCAAGGAAUUCCGAUGAAAAAUCUCGGGGAAAUGCCGAAUUCGGAGGAUUUUCUUCAAAAAAUUGGCGAAUUAUUUCAAUUUUCCACUGAUUUAGACAAACUUAUCGCUGGAAAUUGGGGAAAAUCGAUUGAAAAUCUAAUUUCCGCAGCAUUUGGACAACUUUCCAACUAUUGUAUCGAUAUUAUUGAGAACGAGCGAGGAGAAGCCGAUUUUGAGUGGAUUUUGAAAAGUUCACAUGAUUGGGCGAAAAAUUUGAGUCAAAUCCUGCAAAAAACAGUGGAAAAGUCGAAUUUGGAGUCGGAAUUGAAGCAGGAAUUCGAGGAAAAGUUCAACGAGAAAUUCGUGGAUUUUAUUAAAUUAAUCACGAGAAAAUUCUUGGAAAAGAACAUAAAAGAGCCUACAAUAUUCUCAAAUGUGGCUCAGAUGCUCAAAAAGUUCAAAAUUUCGUCGGAAUUCAACUUAUCGGGAGAUCGAGAUCUACAGGAACCAUUUUAUGAGCCGAAAUUCAUGAGCAGAUGGAUUUUGCUUGAAGUGGAAAUGUAUAAAAUCACAUGCGACAAGCUUCUAUCAUCUGCUUCAUGUUUCGAACCCCUUCCAUCAAUUUUCAUUGGAAAAAGUUCGAAUUUUUGGUGGGCUUCCGAGGUUACUGUAUUCUUUGAUCAAUGGAUUUCACGAAUCGAUAAUAAUAUUAAUUGUCUCGAAAAUUUGGAUGCUCAAAGAGCAUUUUACGAGGUUUUAUACGCUUUGAUGAUUGAUUUAUGCACACGAAUUCAUGUGGAAGCCAAUCGAUUAUAUUCGGAAUCAUCUUGGUCAAAUGAUGUUUAUUUAGUGAUGAAUACGGUUUGGGAGUUGAAAAGAUUGGUUCAGAUUUCAACGGAAUCCUGGCCAAUGCCACCAUUUGAAGUAGAAAAAGCAUAUGAAGAUGAAUGGAAUCGCCUGAGUGGAAUGAUUGUUGAAUAUUUAAAUGAUAUAGUUGAUAAUAUGGAUAGAUGUGUUCGAUCGAGCUAUGCUAGUGAUAAGCAAAAAGUGAUUAAAGAGACAUUUUUUCAUGUUAUUAAAUGUUUGAAUAAUGUUACAAUCAAAGCGAGCAAACCAUCGACAAGUCGGCUGUUGAAUGUAUUAAUUGAGCAAUUAUUCAAGAAUUUACAAUGUCGAUUUGAUAAGUGGCAGGGUUAUUGCAGCACUGAAGUCCUCGGAUGUUUCUACACUCAAAUCUACUCGAAUCUUCUGCCCCAACUCGACGAACUUCACAAAACCGAUCACUGGAACCGUGAAAACGCGUCUCGAUCUGAAAUCUGCCGCCUUGAUGCUCUUCUGAAAAUGGCAGCAAACUCGGACCCAUCAGGAGAACUCGUUCGUACAGCAUUCCGAUCGAUUGACGAAGAACAAGUCAUUAAAAUGCUCGGAGAGCUCGGAAUUCAUUCGACAAGUGAUCACGCUUUUCAGGAUUAUCAGAUUUUGGCGGAAAAUUGGCAGAAAAUCGAGGAAAAGGGAUUCGGAUAUGGCGAUUAUUAAUUAAAAAUUUUUUUUUUUAAUUUAUGUAUCUUUUUUUCUGAAUAAUAAUUUUAUUUCGAAACUAAAUUGCAAUUGCGCUCCAAUGCCAAAUGAACUGUGACCUUAUAUAUUGGGUCUCGUUAGGUAUACUCAUUUUUCCUGGAUUUUGCUGUUUUUCUGUUGAUUUUAAUGGUUUUUAUGGGAAAAAAAUUUUCUCAAAACAAUUUGAAUUUCCAAUUUUGCCGCCAAAAUACGUAACGAGACCCAAAUUAUCAGGUUAUCAUUGGAGCGCGUUUGCAUAUCGAAAAUCGCGUUAUUAUUUGCAUCUGUAAUAUCACUGGAACACACAAUUCUGAGAAUGCGUAUUGCACAACAUAUUUGACGCGCAAAAUAUGAAAUAUCUCGCAGCGAAAACUACAGUAAUUCUUUAAAUGACUACUGUAGCGCGUGUGUCGAUUUACGGGGUCUAUUUUCGGAAUGAAAUCGAGCCUGUAAAUCGACAGAAGCGCUACUGUAGUCAUUUAAAAAAUUACUGUAGUUUUCGCUGCGAGAUAUUUCAUAUUUUGUGCGUCAAAUAUGUUGUGCAAUACGCAUUCUCAGAAUUUUGUGUUCAUGUAAUACGCCUGUAAUUCUUUUUUUUUCCGGGUUCUUUAUUCUCUUCUUUUUUAAAUUUAAUUGUAUUUUUUUCAAUUAAUUUCUUCAAUACAGUGAUUUAAA